GCACUAAAACAGGACCUGAAAGAAGCAUCAGCUCUCACUUAAUAAAUCUGCUGCUGCUGGAACAUAUUCAGAAAUCAUCCUGGAGGAAGAGCUGCAGUCCUGAAGAGGUUGGGAAACAAGGAUGAAAUAGACUAAAAACCUCAUCGGUUGCAUAAGAAUUAGACCACAGCAUUACUCAAGGAGUAUCUGGAAGCCUGGAAAACUUUCUAAGCCCUUCUUUGCUUAGCGAAAUAACAAGAAAAUCUCCCAGAAAACCAGGAAGUGGUAAACAAUGUCGGUGAUGUUUCUGAUCCUGUCCCUGCUAAUAAUGUGUGCGCCACCAGGGGGCGACACAUCUCCAAUCAGCUGCUACAACGACCAAGGUGAUGCCGUUGACUGGUUUUACCUGUACAAACUCCCUAAAGAAGGGGGCAGACCACACGAGUUUCAGGGAGAGACGUAUUUAUUGCUGGAUAAAGGGAGUGAAGGAUGGACGGAGGGGAAGGUGACGGUGAACGACACCAAUGGAGCUUUGGGCCAGACAGUCGGACAGCUGUACUCACAGGAAAAGAACUCGGAGGUAGCGUACAUCCUGUACAACGACCAGCAGCCUCCUGAGGAGUUUGGUGGCAGAUGGGCUGAAGGCAGCGGGAGCAGCAGAGGUCACACGAAAGGUGUUGUUCUGCUGGAUAAAAAUCAGGGGUUCUGGUUGGUGCACAGCACCCCUCACUUCCCCCCUGAGCGACAGGAAGGGCAGUUUUACUAUCCCAGCAGUGGAGUCAACAACGGGCAGAACUUCAUCUGCGUCACCUACCCGCUAGAACGUUUCCAGACCAUCGGAGAGCAGCUGCAGAUCAAUCAGCCUAACGUGUAUGACUGUGACGUCCCGGAGUCCCUGGCGUCCUCCGUCCCCGCUCUGGCUGCUGUCUGCAACAAAAACCUUCUGUCCUCUCAGAUGUUUCCACAUGCGAAAACCGUGUCCAACCGCAGCGUGACUCUGACCUCGACAGGCGGCACCGACUUCAUCAGCUUCGCCAAAGGAGCAACGUUCGAUGACGACCUCUACCACUCGUGGGUGGCGCCCACCCUCAAGUCAGACCUCCUGGUUCAGUUCUGGGUGCGCUCCACUGGGAUCCUCCCCUCCGACUGCUCGCUGGGCUGGAAGGUCCUGGACAUCAAGAGCAUCAACCCGGGGCAGACGUUCACCUUCAAGGCCACGCAGGACCACUCCAAGUGGGCCGUCAGCCUGCGGGCAGCGCGGGACGGGUCGCGAGGCGGCGGCUGGGUGUGCGUGGGGGACAUAAACAGGAACGAGGCAGAGGAACGGCGUGGAGGAGGCACCGUGUGUCUUCAGGACCCGACGGUGUGGAAGGCUUACCGGACGGCGGCGCUGGAGUGCGAGGCCUGUGGAGGAGGAAUGAUCCAGUGCUGAAGAGUCCGCAGAGCUACACAAUAACCCUGGGCUCAGGGGUUUAUGGGAAAUAUUUCAACACGCUUGGUAUGCUGGGAGUCAGUUUUAAAACACAAAAAACAAAGUCCAGUUUGGACUGAUGCUGUCAGUCGAUUCAACAAUGUAAUCAGAUUAAUCACACUCUGACAGUAAUCGCAUUAAUCACUGUGCCUAACGUCAGUCCAACCAGUUAAAAUGCAAUCAAUUUUUUAUUUUUUUAUUUUUGUGGCAGAAAGCAGGUAAUGUUUCCCAGUACUCAACAACAUCUGGGGGAACUUAAUCCACUACAAGUAGUGGUAAGCAUUUUCAGGAGCCAGCUGAUGACAGAUAUGUUCUAUUUUCUGGUUCUUGGGUGCCCCACCCCUUUCUGAUGCCGCCCUGGGCAACAGCCCAUAUCGAAAACCACCAAAAAAAAAGUUUUAUCACCCCAAACCAAAUCUCAGUUUUUUCCAGAAACUGAGAAAUCUUCAGUUUCUCAGUUUCUGGAAAACUGAGAAACUGAAGAUUCUCAGUUUUUAUCUUCAGAAAGGUUUGAAGGGAGACAUUUUGUUUGAAACAUUAAUUUAGAAAGGUCUCUCUGUUCAUAUCCUGUGGAAGUUGUGCAAUGAGGCGAUAUUUGCUUCUCCUCAUCCAGCCUAAUUUGUGGCAUAAUUUGUACAUUUAAAAUUUCGAGCUCGUACGUAACUUUGUGCACGUACGAGCACAAAGUUACGUGCACAACUAACUUUGUGCCCGUAACUUUCUUUUGACACAACAAAAGAAAGUUGUGAAUAUUCGACUUUGCUGCUGUCGUGGAAAACGGUCACUGUGGUUUGUCAUUUCCUGUGUCAAAUCUAUAAUCCACUGCUGUGAACGAUGUAGCCCUCAAAAUAGUAGUUUGAUUAAUCUGCGUUAUGUAAUAUUAAUACUUUAAAAUUUCAGAUUAACCGCAUGCGUUAGCAUUGACAGCCAUAAUUUGGACAUAGUUUGGUGAAAAUGCAAACCAGAGAUGGAGAUGAGAGUGAUUUGGAGCUGGCAGGUUUUACACAGUACCAGAGAGGACAAGUCUGUGGCAUCGCAGCUUUUCCUGGCAGUUUCUGGAGCAUCUGACAGUCAAAACAGGAAGAAAACGGCAAACACCAGAAGAUCAGGGUUCCUGCUCGCAGAAAUCUCUUGAUUUUAGUUUUUUUUCUGUAUAUAAAUAAAAAAAAAGCCUGAAAAUAUUUUUAUUUCCAGCUGGAAAUGCAUGGAUUGCUGUUACCGAGGUGAUGGAAUAGGUAGCCAUGACGACUAAGCCCUAUGAUUGAUUGAGCCUGAAGUGAUUCAGCAAACAGCAGAAACAGUUUUUACUUUGCUUUCCUAGUUGUUUUCUUUCUCUGUGGUACAACUUCAUACUGAGCUACUGAGGAUCCAAUGCAUCAGACAGCAGCCAGAGGUCAACAGAGGUCACUUCCUGGUAGGAUGGAGAUGGACUUGAUUUGGCCCUUUGUCUGCAGCUUCUUUCUACUUUCUUCUCGGUUUCUUAUAAAUCAAAUAAUUUACAGCACAUCUUCAUCACUGGUUUCCAUUUAAACCAAAUUACAUCCAAAUCAGGUCAUUCUGACAGAAAAUGUAAUUUAAAAGUCUAAUGUAAUUAUUCCAAAUGCAAAUUUGUAAAAAAAUUAGCUAAUUAUGUAUAUUAUGUGGUGCCUUGGAGGACGUAACAUUUCAGAAUUAUUUUUUUUAAGAGUUUCAAAGGAGUAAAAGUUUACACUGGUUUAACUGUAAGCUGCUGAGGUUUAGUCUGUACACUGUAAAAAAAUUUCCUCUGUAGCUUAUAUUCCCCGUAGCCUCUUAAAAUUCACACAUCAUCCCUAAAAGCCAACAGUUAUUUGUCAAAAAUACUUCGUUUUUUAAAUACUUCAAUGUGGUGAAUACAUGUGAGUUCAUGGGGUUUAUGGUCAAACACAUUUAUUAUUUGUUUGCUUGAUUUUUUUUCUCCUUUAUUUUACUAUUCCAGUAAUCAACAGGUGGCAGUUAACGGCCUGCAAAGUGCCAUAAAGAUGCACCAGCAUGGCGCACGUCAUGCAUGCAGAUUUCAGGAUGUACCUUUCAGUUUUUAUUUUAAAAAAAGUGCAAAUAACUGAACUGAUCCUAAAAAUGCAGCUCAGAUGAACAUCAUUAGCGCCAAACAGCAACUGCAAAUUGUUUGUUUUUAAAGCAAAUUACAUUUAUAAUGAGUAAUCAGCAAACAGCCACAGAGUGUGGAUCUCAAGAAAACUGAAAGUGAUUCUUUACUUGCAGAAAGAGACACAUUCAGUUUAAGCUUUCUUGGCAAAAACAUUUCAAAUGCUCAGUAUGAUUUAAUUUCUUUUUAUGCAAAUGGAGCCGUGCAGUAGGAGAACGAGUUUUUAAAUCUGACAGCAAGCUGGAGAGGUUAGCAGAAAACAGAACAAAACCCCUAAAAGGGUCUCUUUAAAAAUAAUAAAAGCGAAAGCUGAAGUGUUUUUCACAGCUGCUGAAUCUGAAGAGACUCUCCUGCAAAUGGAUGAGAGCAGAUUCUGUAAGGAGGUAUUUCCACUCAUGCAUGCAGGUGUUCUCUCGAGGACUGACAUGCUCUGCUUCUUGAAAAGCACAUGGAUUCUUUCUUUCAUUAUUAUUUUUAGGAUUCUGGAAAGAAAUCAGGGGCAGAAAAGAUUCAGGUUUGAUGAUUUUCUUUUACUUCUCUGUGAAUGUUAUCAAGUCAAACGAUCUGUGAAGUGCUUUUCCUCCGCCUUCAGUCUAACCUUGAUUUUUCCUGUAGAUAAAGAUGCCGGCUGUCUUUAAUUUGAAUUAAAAAAAAAAAAAAAAAAAGCUUCUGCGGAGGUGUCUGACUUCAUACGUCACCAUGUCUUUGAAAUGUCACCACUCACAUGAUGCAUGGAGGUGAAUUUAACUGUCUUAUGAAACAGCCAACAGCAUGACAAAUCUCACUCAUAAGCACCAAAAUCCAUAUAAAAGUAAGUUUAUUACCACAAAAUAGGACAUCUGACAUGUAGUGCAUAAAUAAGUUUGAUGUGAAAUGGAUCAGCGCUGGAGGAGGCUGCGUUUCCUCCACCUGUGUGUUCUGAAUACAUUCUAAUGAGAAAGGUGAGCACCAAGCAGAAAAAGGCACUAAAACAGUCUUUAGCAGCAGCAUCACACCCGCACAUGUCAUGUAGUAUUACCCAGAAUCCUCUCUCUGGUCCCACACGGCCCCUCCCGGGCCUCGGCCAAUCAGAAGGCCUCAUCAGCGCUGGGAAUGAUGCGCAGAGGCCAGAGGUCACAGGUCACAGGUUCAGAUUAAACUCAAGCUGCUGAACAUUCACUAUAAAAUAAAGAAAGCUCAGAGGGGAACCAACCUGGCAACCCGUUAGACCAGAACAUUUCAGCUGCUUGGUUCUGGAACGACUUUCUUCCUGUUAGAAGUUUUAUGCUGAUUUAGCAAAGCAACGUGUUUUUUUUUGUAAAGUGCUUGAAGUUCAUUUAAAGCUGCAGGAAUUGUUUUUGUCCACUAGAAUUUAGAGGAAACUUCAGUUUUGUUCUAUAUGAAUUUAAUGCAUCGAUGUACUUGCAUAUAGUGCUGUGAAAAACUUUUAAACCUUCCAAGCAGCCAGAGCUCCCUGUAAUCUCUUAAUGUUUCAGAAACCCAGUUCCCUGUAGAUUCAAUUUGAAAUUAGCCUUUUUUAUGUUUAAAGUGACUUAAACAAAAACACCUGAAAUGGUCAAAUGCAGGACUGAAGACAAGUAAAAAA